AUGACAAACACUUCUAGUGGAGAGGAAGAGUCUUCCCACCAAGAAGAAUCGAGCUACGACGAGCAGGAGGAUACCUGGGACGACGAGUACGACGACGAGGUUGACCCUUCCGAUUCGGCUCCGCCGCCCCUGCAUUUCGCCAGCAUAGGCUUUUCGAUCGUAACUCAUACCAUCGGCCUCCGCCGACUCAAUCCGACAGCCUGGAUCCAUCCGAGGAAUAUUCGCCCUGGGGUGGGCGGGGAUAUGGAGGACCUCACCCCCUCAUGGCGCAUAUUAUGGCGGCCGAGGAGGGCCCCCGCCCCUGGCCCGGGGUACCCGCAGAGUGCCGUUGGCGGGUUUGGCGGUCAGAUGCCACCCCCGCACUUCCCCCAACCGGGCCAGGUGAUUCCGUACAAUUACGCCAACCCCUUCACGCCCAUGUCGAGCAACAGCGGCGGUGGUGGCUAUUUUGGCGGCGAUCCGCGAGACAGUUACGGGGUUGCCCCGUACCAGCCUCCCGGUGGGGGCCACUAUGGCUACGGCGGCUACGGCGUGCCCCCACCUACAGCAAUACCUGCAGACAUAUCCUCCACCGCCUCCCCCGACGGAGGCUCCGGGAAGCCCACCACCCCCGCCCCACCAAAGGAGCCCAGCCCGACCCCUGAAAUGCUCCUGAUAAAGGCCGAAUUGGAUACCUUCAAGGCGAAACAACGUAAGAAGGAAGAAGAAGAGAAGCAAAAGGAGCUCGAGGAAAAGAUUCGCAAGGAUACCGAACUCGCCGUUGCUAGGAGAAUGGAGGAGAUGAGAAGGGCCCAAGAAGAAACGCAAAAGGAAAUUGCAAGGGCGAAGAAGGAGGCAGAAAAGGCUGCCCGCGAAACUCUAGAGGCAGAACGAAAGGCUCUCGAGGCAGAACGCAAGGCCCGCGAUGAGGAAAUCAGGCGGGUCCAAAAGGAGGCACGAGAAAAUUUCGAAGCCGAACUGCGGGCCCAGGCCCAGGCAAAGAAGCGUGAAGAGGAAGCGAUUAGGCGUGCGGAGGAAGCUGCGAGGAUGCGGCUCGAGAUGGAGCGGAAGGUCGAGGAACAAGCAAAACUUGCGGCAGCGAGGCGGAUGGCCGAAGAGGAGGCCUUCCGGAAGCAACUCGAGGCCGACACGAAGAUGAAGGCCGAACUUGAACUCCUCCAGAAACUCGAAAAGGAAAAGGCAGAUGCCGCCGCCGCCGCCGCCGCUGCUGCUGCCGCGGCUGACAAGAAGAAGGCCGAGGAAGAGGCAUUGGCGAAGCGUGUAGAGGAAGAGACCAAGGCAAAGUUGAAGGAAGAAGCCGUGAAGGCUGCGGAGAAGGCCCCGAUCCGGUUCAAGGAUGCCGUCGGUAGGAAGUUUAGCUUCCCAUUCCACCUGUGUCAAACAUGGAGUGGAAUGGAAGAGCUGAUCAAGCAAGCCUUCCAAUCCAUCGAGGUCAUCGGUCCUCUUGUCCAGCGUGGCAUGUUUGACCUGAUUGGACCGAGUGGCGACAUCAUCCUCCCUCAAGUUUGGGACAAGGUGAUUGAGCCUGACUGGCAAAUCACAAUGGUGAUGUGGCCGCCUGCAGACCGAGGAAAGUUCCCUCCGGGCCAUCCCUAUUUCAAUCGAGCGGGCCCCCGGCCGUGGAAGAAGUAA